AUGGAAAAGAUCGAUUUAUCCUCAAAUUCCAGAAAGAUCCAAGACGCCUACGACAACGUUGUCAAUGGCAAGUGCAACUAUGUUGUCUACACAGUGAGUAAGCUGGGGGCUCUUGAUGUUGAAGCCACAGGUUCUCCUGGUGAUCUCGACGAGUUCGUUGAUCAAUUCAAUGACGGACACAUUCAAUUUGGCCUUGCACGCGUCACUGUUCCGGGUUCUGAUGUCACUAAGAACUUAUUACUCGGUUGGUGCCCUGAUAACUCACCCGCCAAGCUCAAGUUGUCUUUCGCCACAAAUUUUGCAGACGUCGCUCGCGUACUCUCUGGUUAUCACAUUCAAAUCACUGCCCGUGAUCAAGAGGAUCUUGAUGUGAAUGAUUUCAUCAAUCGAGUGGGUGCAGCUGCAGGUGCUCGCUAUUCCUUGAAUACCGGAAAAGCUCCUAUAAAGAGUGCCACCUCGCAGUCGAAGCCUGUAACUCAAGCUAAGUCAGAGCUCAAGCCAGUCAAACCCGCUCCAGUUCCCAGUUUCAAGCAAAAGCCCGCUGCUUUGUCGAAGCCAUCCUUCACCCCCAAAACUACGGGCAAGCCCAUUGGCACCUCAAGCUCAACUUCAAACUCCAAGCUUCCAAUCUCUUCUGCUAGUAAAUUUUCUCUGUCAUCAGCGAAGAAUGAUGAUGAUGAUGAUGAUGGGUGGGGUGACGAAAAGGAGUUAGAAGAAAGGGACUUCGACAAGAAGCCCUUAGAAGAUGUUCCCAGUGCCUACAAGCCCACCAAGGUGAACAUCGAAGAAUUGAGAAAGAACAAGCUGGACACUAUCUCGCUGACUCCGAAACCUUUCAAUGCCGAUGCCAAUGACAAGGUAGACGCCGAGGACUCGGAACCCAAGUCUCUCGCUGAGAGAAUGAAGGCUUACAAGGAUAACGAAGAUGGCAGACUAACUGAACUCCCGAAACCCAAAGUUCUGCACAACGUGUCCAACAGAUUCAAACCUGCCGAAUCAAACUCGGGUCCGAAGUUUGGCGCGAAGCCCAACUUUGGUUCCAACAAUGACCGCAAGGAUCACUUAGUUGGCGGAUUACUGCGUGACUUUGGUGGGUCGGAUGGUUUGACACCUGCGCAACAAUGGGCCUUGAAGAAGGGAAAAUACAAGAAGGUCGAUCCUGAUGACAUUGCCGACGGAGUUGCUCAGACUUCGUUGCGCGAUGAUGAGCAACCUGCUCAAUUCACCAAGAAUGAGGAAGAAGAGGAAGAAGCAGAAGAGGAACGAGAAGUUCCGAUUCCUCCUCUGUUGCAAUCAGCCAAAAAGAGUGAACCGGUACGUAGUAUUCCUCCACCUUUCGUGAAGGAAGAUAAUGCCGUCGCUGCUCCCUCCCCGUCAUUGCCCACUCGUGACGAAUCAAACAAAGACGAUCAGGAACAAGACUCGUCUUCGACUGCAAACAACGAGGGAUUGAGUGCUAAUGCCGAAUACGAUCAUGUCACUGAGGAAGACGAUGAACUUGCAUUUGAGGAGGGCGAUGUAAUCAUUCAAAUUGACACUUCCACUGAUGAAGAAUGGUGGAUGGGUACCAACAAGCGAACUGGUAAAACAGGCCUCUUCCCAGCGAAUUACGUGUCGUUAAUUGAAACGUCCCGUACUGAAACCCCAGCUUCUUCCUUGCCCUCAAAAGAUCAACCUGCGCCACCUCUGUUGCCCGUGAGAAAUGAACCCGCAGCUCCCCUGUUGCAUCAAGAAGAAAAGCUGUCAGAAGCAAUCGCUAUUGCCCUUUACGACUACGAGAAAGACGAGGACAAUGAAAUUGGUUUCGCUGAGGAUGACAAAAUCAUUAACAUUGAAUUUGUUGACGAAGACUGGUGGAAGGGAACUCAUGAGAAAACAGGCGAGACUGGUUUAUUCCCUUCAAACUUUGUAGAGCUCCAAAACUGA